AUGGGAAACGCAGCGUCGUGGCGGCACCGUGCCGCGCUUUCUCUACUUCCUGCUUGCCUUCCCAAGCGCCGCCCUCUCCAGGCCGAGGAAGAGGCAGAUUCAAAUGAGGGUUUUCUGAGCUGUGCUGAGUGUGUCCGAUCUGCGGCGAGGGUCUUUUGCGGUGGCGAGCAUACCUUGAUCCGAGAUCCUAAGACACUGGAGGUCUACCAGCUAGGUGCAUGUGGGCUCGGCUUCGAUCAUGACGCCGGAGCUUCAGCACAGGCUGACGACUACUUAAAACAGGUGCCCUUAUCAGAGCCAGCCAUCGCAGUGUUUCCUGGGUACUAUCACAAUUUCAUUAAGACCACGCGAAGAUGCUUCACCUACGGCUGCGGUCGUCAAGCACCGAAUGAUGGUCAGCUCCUGAAUGGCAGCCUGAGCGAAGACACCUGGCCCACGGCCACAAAGCUGCGAUUUGCUGAGGCAGCAGCAGGAGGACACCACAGCAUCUGCCGCACUCGCAACGGAGACGUGUGGGCUUCUGGUGCUGGAUGGCAGGGCCAAAUGGGGAAUGGUAGCCUUCAGUAUAAGAAUGAGGAGCCACAACGUGUAGAUGGUCUGCCCAGGAUAUGUCGGAUCGCGACAGGUUACUACCACAUAGCCGCCUUGGCAGAGAACGGGGAGUGGUUUUUUUGGGGUUGCAACGAGCAGUUGCAGCUGGCCUCUUCGAUCGCAGAUCCGCAGAUCAAGACUCCGCAGCCUUUAUCAAAGCUCCUCCCUGAGCUGAAGGAGAAAGAAAUCACCAGUGUGGAUGGCGGCUACGGCCACACGGUCUUGCUUACACGCGAAGGCACCGUCUAUACACUGGGGAACCACAGCGAAGGCCAGCGCAGCUUGGACCCUGACUUAGACGAGCCUCCUCCGAUCAGCUCGGUCUUGGAUUUGCCUGGAGCUUCAAUGGCAGUUGCAGGUAGCCAUCAUACGCUGGUGCUAGCUCAAGGCCGCGUUUACGGCUUCGGAUCUGAUGAGUUCGGCCAGGUGCGCGGGGCGGGAGAGCCUCUGGACGAAGAUCAGCGCGUGUGGAGACCUCACGCCGUGGCUGGCCUGCCGGAAUCGGACCCCGUCGUUCGGGUGGAUGCCGGGAUUUGCCAUUCUGCUGCAGAGACGGCCUCGGGCAGAAUCUUCCUUUGGGGCUGCGGCGGCAACGGCCAAACGGGAGAUCCCAGGCUGCCCUCCAGCUCUCGAAUCCGAGAGCUUCACAUCAGCGACCUGUCGAAGCGAUGUGCAAAGCAGCCGCGGUGA